AUGCGGACCCCCAGCGGGUCCUCUCCGUGUCCCCGAGGCGGUCGCCCGUCCUUCCCGAGAGGAAUCCUUUGCGAUCGCAGCCCGGCUGCUUCCCACGAGGCCACGCCCGCAGCCGGGGACCGCACGGGGUCUUCUCAGGGCCCCCUCCGGACACCGCAGGUGGACAUCGCCGGGGCAGAUGGCCUCCGCACACAGGUGGAGGUGGAAGUCGGGCGCAUCAUCCAGGGGCGGAGGAGAGACCUCUGUGCCUUCAGCCGUCUGUCCCGAGUUCUCUGGGGACCCCCCCGUGUCUCGGCCCUCCCGGGGGCCCCCAAACACGCACUCCUGCCGGGGAUCUGCAUUUCCUCCCCUUCUGCCCUUAGUCAGAUGAACCCUCUUAAGGCCUCGCCCCAAGGGGCGUUCUCCUUAGAUCCAGCUACCCUGCCCCCACCCCCGGGUGUCCUGCCCCCACCCCUGGGUGCCCUGUCCCCAUCCCAGCUACCCUGCCCCCACCCCCGGUUUGCUGGAAGCAAGGCCAUCGCUGAGGGCAGGAUGAGUGGCGUUGUGACGUGGGCAGGGGAGGUCCCUGGACCGUGGGAGAAGGUGAUUGAGCAGAUGCAGCUGGAGGAGUGGGGCCGUCUGGUGUGCACCUUGGGCAGGGUCACACUCCGACAGCCGACACUGACCUGCGUCACCUCACCUGGGACUUCUGAUGCCAUCCUGGAAGAGAACAGCAAAGAGAGAAAGGUGGUCACCCGCCACGCGAUGAGACAGGGAGGGCGUCCUCCACCCGGCGGGCUCUCCCUGCUGUGCUCCCGUGGCCCCGACGUUGACCAGAUCCUUGACCGUCCACUCCUCCCCACUUGCUGUCAGCAGGCAGCACAUGUGCCAGGAAGAGCCACCAGUGUGGCAGCUGCUUCUCAGGGUGUGGCCUGGGUCCUGGAGGGGCCAGCGUGUGGCUGUGGGCAGGCCGAGGUCCUGUUCCGACAGUCGCUGUGCUGGCAGCCCCUCCGGCAGUGUCCCCCACCCCCCAAGGUGUACAUCGGGGAGCUUCCGAGGGACUUCCUGCGCGUCACGCCCACGCAGCAGCAGCAGCAGAUCCAGCUGGAUGCCCAGGCCGCACAGCAGCUGCAGUAUGGCGGGGCCCUGGGCACUGUGGGCCGCCUCAGCAUCACCGUGGUGCAGGCCAAGCUGGCGAAGAACUACGGAAUGACCCGUAUGGACCCAUACUGCCGUAUACGCCUGGGCUAUGCCGUGUACGAGACCCCCACGGCGCACAAUGGCGCCAAGAACCCGCGCUGGAAUAAGGUCAUCCAGUGCACGGUGCCCCCGGGCGUGGACUCCUUCUACCUGGAGAUCUUUGAUGAGAGAGCUUUCUCCAUGGACGACCGCAUUGCCUGGACCCAUGUCACCAUCCCAGAGUCCCUGAAGCAAGGCCGUGUCUUGGAUGAGUGGUACAGCCUCAGUGGGCGGCAGGGUGAUGACAAGGAAGGCAUGAUCAACCUCGUGCUGUCCUAUGCGUCUCUGCCAGCAACUAUGAUGACACCACCACAGCCAGUGGUCCUGCUGCCCACUGUGUACCAGCAGGGUGUUGGCUACGUGCCCAUUACAGGCAUGCCCGCAGUCUGCAGCCCUGGCAUGGUGCCUGUGGCCAUGCCCCCGACGGCCAUACCUGCACAGCCACGCUGUAGCGAAGAGGACCUGAAGGCCAUCCAGGACAUGUUCCCUAACAUAGACAAGGAGGUGAUCCACUCCGUGCUGGAGGCCCAACGGGGGAGUAGGGAUGCUGCCAUCAACUCCCUGCUGCAGAUGGGCGAGGAGUCCUAG